AUGUGCCUGCGGCUCCUACGCCUUCAGAAGGAUCGAACACUCCAAGCCAUCCACAAGGACCAAAUGUGCCUGGAGCUCCUACGUUACCUGGAGGAUCGAUCGCUCCAAGCCAUCCAGAAGGACCAAAUGUGCCUGGAGCUCCUACGUCACCAGGAAGAUCUAACGCUCCAAGCCAUCCACAAGGACAAAAUGUGCCUGGAGCUUCUACGUCACCUGGAGGAUCGAUCGCUCCAAGCCAUCCAGAAGGACCAAAUGUGCCUGGAGCUCCUACGUCACCAGGAAGAUCGAACGCUCCAAGCCAUCCACAAGGACCAAAUGUGCCUGGAGCUCCUACGUCACCAGGAGGAUCGAACUCUCCAAUCCAUCAACAAGGACCAAAUGUGCCCGGAGCUCCUACGCCUUCAGGAGAAUCGAACGCUUCAAGCUAUCCACAAGGACCUAAUGCAUCUGAAGUUUCUACGUUACAAGGAGGAUCAAACACUUUCAGCUAUCCUCAAAAACCAAAUAUUCCUGGUGCUCCUACGCCUUCGGGAGGAUCGAACGCUCCAAGCCAUCCACAAGGACCAAAUGUGCCUCACGGUGCCGGAGCUCCUACGUCUUCAGGAGGAUCGAACGCUCCAAGCCAUCCACAAGGACCAAAUGUGCCUGCGGCUCCAACGUCACCAGGAAGAUCGAACGCUCCAAGCCAUCCACAAGAACCAAAUAUCCCUGGUGCUCCUACGUCUUCUGAAGGAUCGAACGCUCCAAGCCAUCCACAAGGACCAGAUGUGCCUUCGGUCUCCUACGCCUUCAGGAGGAUCGAACGCUCCAAGCCAUCCACAAGGACCAAAUGUGCCUGCGGCUCCUACGCUUUCAGGAGAAUCGAACGCUCCAAGCCAUCCACAAGGAUCAAAUAUGCCUGCGGCUCCUACGUCACCAGGAGGAUCGAACGCUCCAAGCCAUCCACAAGGACUAAAUGUGCCUGGAGCUCCUACGUCACCAGGAGGAUCUAACGCUCAAAGCCAUCAACAAGGACUACAUGUUUCUGGAGCUCCAACGUCACCGGGAGGAUCGAACGUUCCAAGCGAUCCACAAGGACCAAAUGUAUCUGAAGUUUCUACGUUACAAGGAGGAUCAAACACUUUAAGCUAUCCUCAAAAACCAAAUAUUUCUGGUGCUCCUACGCCUUCAGGAGGAUCGAACACUCCAAGCCAUCCACAAGGACCAAAUGUGCCUGCAGCUCCUACGCCUUCAGGAGGUCGAACGCUCCAAGCCAUCCACAAGGACCAAAUGUGCCUGCGGCUCCUACGUCCUCGGAAGAAUCGAACGCUCCAAGCCAUCCAAAAGGACCAAAUGUGCCUGCAGCUCCUACGCCUUCAGGAAGGAUCGAACGCUCCAAGCCAUCCACAAGGACCAAAUGUGCCUGCGGCUCCUACGCCAUCAGGAGGAUCGAACGUUCCAAGCCAUCCACAAGGACCAAAUGUGCCCGGAGCUCCUACGCCUUCAGGAGAAUCGAACGUUCCAAGCCAUCCACAAGGACCAUAUGUGCCCGGGGCUCCUACGCCUUCAGGAGGAUCGAACGCUCCAAGCCAUCCACAAGGACAAAAUGUGCCUGCGGCUCCUACGCCUUCAGAAGGAUCGAACACUCCAAGCCAUCCACAAGGACCAAAUGUGCCUGGAGCUCCUACGUUACCUGGAGGAUCGAUCGCUCCAAGCUAUCCACAAGGACCAAAUGUGCCUGGAGCUACUACGUCACCAGGAGAAUCGAACGCUCCAAGCCAUCCACAUGAACCAUAUGUGCCUGGAGCUCCUACGUCACCUGGAGGAUCGAUCGCUUCAAGCCAUCCACAAGGACCAAAGUGCUGUACUCCCACCUCACCAGGAAAUACGCUCCAAGCCAUCCACAAGGACCAAAUGUGCCCGGGGCUCCUACGCCUUCAGGAGGAUCGAGUCCAAGAUCCACAAGGACAAAUCUAUCCUCAAAAACCAAAUAUUCCUGGUGCUCCUACGCCUUCAGGAGGAUCGAACGCUCCAAGCCAUCCACAAGGACCAAAUGUGCCUGGAACUCCUACGUCACCAGGAAGAUCGAUCGCUCCAAGCCCUCCAAAAGGACAAAACUUGCCGGGAGCUCCUACGUCAUCAGGAAGAUCGAACGCUCCAAGCCAUCCACAAGGACCAAAUGUGCCUGCGGCUCCUACGUCACCAGGAAGAUCGAACGCUCAAAGCCAUCCACAAGAACCAAAUAUCCCUGGUGCUCCUACGUCUUCUGAAGGAUCGAACACUCCAAGCCAUCCACAAGGACCAGAUGUGCCUUCGUUUCCUACGCCUUCAGGAGGAUCGAACACUCCAAGCCAUCCACCAGGACCAAAUGAACCUGCGGCUCCUACGCUUUCAGGAGGAUCGAACGCUCCAAGCCAUCCACAAGGAUCAAAUAUGCCUGCGGCUCCUACGUCACCAGGAGGAUCGAACGCUCCAAGCCAUCCACAAGGACUAAAUGUGCCUGGAGCUCCUACGUCACCGGGAAGAUCUAACGCUCAAAGCCAUCAACAAGGACUACAUGUUUUCUACGCUUACAAGGAGGAUCGAACACUUCAAGCUAUCCUCAAAAACCAAAUAUUCCUGGUGCUCCUACGUCCUUCGGGAGGAUCGAACGUUCCAAGCCAUCCACAAGGACCAAAUGUGCCUGGAGCUCCUACGUCUUCAGAAGAAUCGAACGCUCCAAGCCAUCCACAUGAACCAUAUGUGCCUGGAGCUCCUACGUCACCUGGAGGAUCGAUCGCUUCAAGCCAUCCACAAGGACCAAACGUGCCUGUAGCUCCCACCUCACCAGGAAAAUCGAACGCUCCAAGCCAUCCACAAGAACCAAAUGUGCCCGGGGCUCCUACGCCUGCAGGAGGAUCGAACGCUCCAAGCCAUCCACAAGGACAAAAUGUGCCUGCGGCUCCUACGCCUUCAGAAGGAUCGAACACUCCAAGCCAUCCACAAGGACCAAAUGUGCCUGGAGCUCCUACGUUACCUGGAGGAUCGAUCGCUCCAAGCUAUCCACAAGGACAAAACUUGCCGGGAGCUCCUACGUCAUCAGGAAGAUCGAACGCUCCAAGCCAUCCACAAGGACCAAAUGUGCCUGGAGCUCUCACGUCACCAGGAAGAUCGAACACUCCAAGCCAUCCACAAAAACCAAAUGUGCCUGGAGCUCCUACGUCUUCAAAAGAAUCGAACGCUCCUAGCCAUCCACAUGAACCAAAUGUGCCCGGGGCUCCUACGCCUUCAGGAGGAUCGAACGCUCCAAGCCAUCCACAAGGACAAAAUGUGCCUGCGGCUCCUACGCCUUCAGAAGGAUCGAACACUCCAAGCCAUCCACAAGGACCAAAUGUGCCUGGAGCUCCUACGUUACCUGGAGGAUCGAUCGCUCCAAGCUAUCCACAAGGACAAAACUUGCCGGGAGCUCCUACGUCAUCAGGAGGAUCGAACGCUCCAAGCCAUCCACAAAAACCAAAUGUGCCUGGAGCUCCUACGCCUUCAAAAGAAUCGAACGCUCCUAGCCAUCCACAUGACACCAAAUGUGCCCGGGGCUCCUACGCCUUCAGGAGGAUCGAACGCUCCAAGCCAUCCACAAGGACAAAAUGUGCCUGCGGCUCCUACGCCUUCAGAAGGAUCGAACACUCCAAGCCAUCCACAAGGACCAAAUGUGCCUGGAGCUCCUACGUUACCUGGAGGAUCGAUCGCUCCAAGCUAUCCACAAGGACCAAAUGUGCCUGGAGCUACUACGUCACCAGGAGAAUCGAACGCUCAAAGCCAUCCACAAGAACCAUAUGUGCCUGGAGCUCCUACGUCACCAGGAGGAUCGAACUCUCCAAGCCAUCCACAAGGACUACAUGUGCCUGGAGAUCCUACGUCACCAGGAGGAUCGAACGCUCCAAGCCAUCCACAAGGACUAAAUGUGCCUGGAGCUCCUACGUCACCAGGAGGAUCGAACGCUCCAAGCUAUCCACAAGGACCUAA